UGUAAGCAGUUUUUUUCCCGUGGAGGAGAUUUCAGUGACCUUAUCUCAACAGGAGUUCCCUGUCAUGGAAACUAUUUAACAUCGCCUCGUACAAACACAGACCCAGUCUCUCAGGAGCGGACGCAGUCUUGAAAUGAUGAUCGGCUUUAGUUUUGUGUUUGUGUUCCUGAUGUGGACGGGAGUCGGUGGUUUCAGAUUUGAUAAUUUGACUCAAUAUGUCAACAGCCAUGAAGAAGAGUUUGUGAAGACGUUGAGAACGUGGGUCGCAGUUGAAAGUGACUCGAGUGACAUAGGGAAGCGUUCAGAUUUACACAGAAUGAUGGAUCUGACAGCAGAGAAGCUCCGUGUCAUCGGUGGAAGUGUGGCGAUGGUGGACGUGGGCGUGCAGGCGCUGGCCAACGGAAGCACCAUAGAUCUACCCAAGGUGGUGACGGCUCAGUUCGGCAGUGAUCCUGACAAACAUACCGUCUGUAUUUAUGGUCAUGUGGACGUCCAGCCAGCAAAGAAAGAGGACGGAUGGGCAACUGAUCCCUAUCAACUGACAGAUAUUAACGGUAAUCUGUAUGGAAGAGGUGCGUCUGAUAACAAAGCGCCGGUGUUAGCCUGGAUUCACACGGUGGAGGUCUACAGAGCCCUUAACAUUGAGCUGCCUGUGAAUGUUAAGUUUCUCAUCGAGGGCAUGGAGGAGACGGGAUCUGAUGGUUUAGAUGCUAUGAUCGUGGCUCAGAGGGACACAUUCUUCUCAGACGUGGAUUACAUCAUCAUAUCUGACUGUGGCUGGUUGAGCAGAAGACCUGCGGUGACAUACGGGACUCGAGGAAACUGUUAUUUCUUCGCUGAGGUGUCAGGACCGAAGAAGGAUUUACACUCGGGUGUUUAUGGAGGCACUGUUGUAGAACCCAUGACGGAUCUGAUCGGCAUUAUGGACAAACUCAUCAGUCCCAGCGGAGAGAUCCUGAUCCCGGGCAUCCGUGAAGCAGUCGCUGCUCUCUCAGACGAGGAGUGGAAGAUUUAUCAAGACAUAGAGUUUGACGUGGAGCGCUACAAAGAAGACAUCGGCAUCAGCGAGCUCAUGUACAACAACAAGGUUGACUUGCUCGCCCAUCGCUGGCGUCACCCGACGGUGUCCAUCCACGGCAUCGAGGGGGCUUUCUCUGCACCCGGGACCAAAACCGUUAUACCGGCCAAAGUCACGGCCAAGUUCUCUAUUCGCCAGGUGCCCAACAUGGAUCCAGGCGUGGUUGAAAGACAGGUGACAGAUUAUCUGAACGCUGCGUUCUCCAAGAGAAAGAGCCCAAAUAAACUCAACGUGACCAUGGUGAUUGGAGCCAAGCCUUGGUUAGCUGAUGUCAAUAACCCGCUGUACGAAGCCGGAAGAGCGGCAGUCAGAAGAGUUUUUGACGUGGAGCCGGACAUGAUUCGUGAGGGAGGAACUAUUCCCAUUGCUAAAACCUUUGAGGAUGUGACGGGCAAGAGCAUCAUAAUGCUUCCCAUCGGUGGUUUUGAUGAUGGACUGCACUCCCAGAAUGAGAAGAUAAGCAGAUAUAACUACAUAGAGGGAACCAAGCUGUUCAUUUCCUUCUUACAUGAGGUGUCCCAGAUCAAGAAGCGCUGAUCACAUGAUGUCAUAUGUUAAAAGGGUUUUUUCCAAAACGAGAUAAACCUGAUUUAAAAAAAAUCUAAAAACAUCUUUUACUAUUGAGCAUUCCAAUGAGUAUCAAUCAAACUGCAGUUUUUUUAGUAUUUAAGCCAUAAUAACUCAAAACAUACAGCUAACUAACACAAUAAAAACAUGACAUAUCAACAUGAUUUUCGAUUUUUUUAUCUCGUUUUGGAACCAAACUCUUUAUGUAACGUUUACAAGAAGAAAUCCUUGUGUGUCUGAUCUCCAUCUGUUACAUACUGUAUCAUCAUGACCGGUUGAAGGACAGAUUAACACAUUUACAGUCUGGUAUGUCAUGGAAUUAAACGUUAUUGCAA